AUGACAACCACAUCCCAAGACUCGCAACCGCCCAACAUGGCCAGCACUCCCGCCAGAGCCUCCUCUCUUUUAUCCAAUCUAACUGCCGUCUCUGCACGCAUCAGCACGGCCGUUGCGUCCUCCCCGGCCCCAGCCAAGCCCGUCCGCCUCGUCGCAGUCUCCAAAUUAAAGCCCGCAUCCGACAUCCUCGCGCUCCACCAAGCGCCCGCCUCGCAGCAGCACUUCGGCGAAAACUACCUGCAAGAGCUCCUCGAGAAAUCACGCCUGCUCCCCAAGACCAUUAAAUGGCAUUUCAUUGGAGGCCUACAAUCAAAUAAAUGCGUCAAUCUGGCCCGCGACGUGCACGCGCUGUGGGCCGUCGAGAGCGUUGACUCGGAGAAGAAGGCUACCCUGCUGAAUAAGGGAUGGGGUGACCGAAAGCCCGAAGUUAUGGGUGAGAGGGAGGAGUCAGAUGCUGAGGCGGACAAGCUGCGGAUCUACGUCCAGGUGAAUACCUCGGGCGAGGAGAACAAGGCGGGAAUUGACCCCGCUGCGGCGCCGGCACUGUGCCGCUUUGUUAAGGAGAAAUGCCCGCGGCUGAAGUUGCAGGGGCUGAUGACUAUUGGGGCAAUUGCGAGGUCGAAGGCCACAACACCGGAGAAUGAGAAUGAGGACUUUGUUUGUCUGAGGGAUACCAGGGAUCGAGUCGCUGCGGAGCUGGGGCUUGGCGUGGAAGAGCUGGAGCUUAGCAUGGGGAUGAGUUCGGAUUUCGAGGGUGCGAUUGCGUUGGGGUCGGAUCAGGUCCGGGUGGGCACCACUAUCUUUGGGGAUCGGCCGCCGAAGAGUGAGGCGAGGAUUGUGUAG